AUGCCGAACGCGGUGGAAACCCUGCGCGCGGACGCGACCCUACAUGUUGAUAUUCAUUUCCCUGCUACCCCAGCGGACGACCAUGACGGCGGCGGCGACGUCCCUCUUCACGCCACCGUGCUAGAUUUGGCUUCCGCGCCUCCCAUCGUUCCCCCCUCUCAUCCCGCCGAACCGCACACCUUCCAUCCCCACCACCAUCAUACUACCGUGACAAAGAAGAUGCCGCUUCCAUCCCCCAAAACGCUAACGACACCAAUGCACCAAAGUGCAUCCCUUCAAUCGCUAUCAAAAGAGCUCCUGCCACCCCGCCACCGCAAAAAGUACCCAUAUCCAGCCUUUCGAUCCACCUGCUUCACAGACAAAGCUUUACUUCCUGUCCCGUACAACACCAAACUGCGGUCGUCGGUGGGCACUAUGGCCGAGUCCAGGCGAAUAUGGACAACUGCUGGCCCCCAGAUCGGCUGCGAACGUCGCCUCGACGACUUGAAACACACUGGACUGUACGUCCCGAGUCUCGAUCGGGUGUACGACACCACAGUGCAAACAAUGAGCUACCGCGUCCACAUGUCAAUGUGGGGGUCGUCGUUGUGGGACACGUCCCAACGUUUCCAGGAAGCACCCCGCACAGCGCCGACAGUUGGCCCCGGCUCAUAUAACCCCUCUCCGUCGUCGUGGGGAAAAGAGCCAAGCUACGCUCGCCCAGCCCCCAUCAUCCCGUUCAACCCCCAUCGCGGCUCCCCUACGUCAUCCAAGGCUCCACCGACGUCCUCAAACCAUGCACCAACCGCCCCGUUGGCAUCGCUGGACAGUUGGAAGCUGUGUUCCACAAAGACAGUGUCUGGCCGACCAGCUUUUGACAAAGCGCCACGAAAGACGUGGGUCGACUGGGAAUCGACAAAGGCCGACCGAAUGCGAGCAGUGUCAACACCGAAUCUGGCGCUGCCCAACUUCUUGUCGGGGGCACGAAUAGGGGAGCCCCGAUCACCCCCCAAACGAAGCACAGGAUUGCAUUGA